AUGGCAGGCCAGGGUGGGACGGCGAAGGAGGCUGAAAGCAGCGUUAUUGACAGUCUUAUCGAGAACGAAGCAGAGAUAGUACGACUUAUACAGCAGGACGCCAGCUAUCUGAGAGGCGAUGGUAAGAGCAGUGGCAUUCACACCGUGGUCAACGAGGAUGAGACGCUACGAGGGGAGUUUGACGAGAUUCUAGAAAGAUUCCAUGAGAAGAAGCAGGAUGGCUCCAACGGCCUCCGGACGGUAGAAGAGCAAGAUGGGGCGUUGGAGCAGAGCCACCAGGAGGUGAUACCUCCGGAGAACUUCAGCCAUGUAGUCGGGGAGAUAUAUCGCAGCAGUUUUCCUCGAAUGGAGAACUUUGCGUUUUUACAGCGUAGGCUCAAGCUGAAGUCGAUACUAGUGCUCAUACCGGAGGAAUACCCGCCUGAGAAUGAGGAAUUCCUGAAGCAGUCGGGCAUCCGAUUGUUCCAGGUCGGAAUGAGCGGCAACAAGGAGCCGUUCGUGAAUAUACCGUCGGACCUGCUCACGAGAGCGCUGGAAGUGGUGCUGAACCCCGACAACCAGCCGAUCCUGAUCCAUUGCAACCGGGGGAAGCACAGAACCGGGUGUCUCGUUGGCUGCAUACGCAAGCUGCAGAACUGGUCGCUCACGAUGAUAUUCGACGAGUACAGGCGGUUUGCGUUUCCGAAGGCCAGGGCGCUCGACCAGCAGUUCAUCGAGAUGUACAACGACAACGAGAUCGUCCGCAUUGCCCAGAAGAACAACUGGCUACCUAUACAGUGGUGA